AUGUCACGUCCAUCUCAUUACGAUAGACACCAUAGCGGUGGAAGAAUCACUGGCGUAACCAACCCAUUACUGAUAAAGAUCCAGCGAGCAUGUCGAAAGACUUUACACGAACCUGAUCUAUCGUUAAAUCUAGAGAUUGCCGACUUGGUUAAUGAAAGACAAGGUGCAUACCCUCGAGAGGCAUGUAUUACCUUGGUGAAAUUGAUCAAUUGUCGGGAUCUACAUACUGCAUUAUUUGCCAUUGCUUUAUUAGAUGUCCUUGUGAAAAAUUGUGGGUAUCCCGUUCAUCUACAAAUUUCAAGAAAAGAAUUCUUAAAUGAAUUGGUAAGACGAUUCCCUGAUCACCCUCCAGUUCAUUAUUCUAAUGUACAAAAAUUGAUUCUUACUGCCAUUGAAGAAUGGUAUCAAACUAUAGCUAAACAUGGAGAAAAUAAAAAAGAUAUGACUUAUAUUAGAGAUAUGCAUAGAUUAUUAAAAUUUAAAGGUUAUAAUUUCCCAAAGAUUGACCCAAGAGAUUUAGCUGUAUUGAAACCUAAGAGACAAUUAAAAACUACGAAAGAAAUUCAAAGAGAACAAGAUAUUAAACAAGCUGCAAAACUAGAAGAAUUGAUUAGACGUGGUACUCCAGAGGAUUUAUUGGAAGCAAAUAAAUUGAUGAAAGUUAUGGCUGGAUUUAAACAAGAUAAUAUUAUUGAAGCUAAAAAAUCAAUGAACCACGAAUUAAAUAAAUUGAAAAAUAAAUCUGAGUUAUUUAAUGAAUUAUUGAAUCAAAAGAUACAAUCAAAUAAUGGUGAUGCUGAUUCAAAUAAAAUAAUCGAUGAGUUAUAUUCAAUCUUGAAAACAGCUCAACCGAAAUUUGCAAAAAUUAUUGAAGAAGAACAAGAAGAUGAUAAAUUAGUUCAAAAUGUAAUGGCUUUUAAUAAUAAGGUGGAUGAAUUGUUGAAUAGAUAUAUCUUAAUGAAAAAAGGGAAAACAAAUCUUGAAACCACUACUAAUAAGAUUGAUGCUUUCUCUACAUGCACUGAUGUAAGAUCUUCAUAUGAUGAUAAUGAUAAUGAUAAUAACUCAGGUGCAAUUGCUCACGAAAUCAAUUUGAUCGAUUUUGAUAAUGAACCUUCCCAUUCUCCAUCUCCAUUACCUUCAAUGUUGAACGGAACAGCUUCAAAUCCGGAAGAUCUAAUUUUUGACAUGUCUAACACAAGUAAGAAAGAGAGUGUUCCUAACGAUAAUUUAAUUGAUUUAUUAGGUGAUUUCAAUGAAUUGAAUAUUUCGAAGUCUGUUACAACCCCUCAAAAUUUUGGUAUGAGUGGUCACAUUCAGUUGGGUACGUCUACUGUUGCUAUACCGGUGGUCACGAACAAUACUAUAAAUGGCAUUAUUCCUGACACAUCUGAGGAUUUAUUAUCUCUUGAUCAAAGCAAUAGUAGUUGUAGAAACAGUAAUUCUCCAGAAUUCCAACUAUCAACAGAUCAAGGAACUAUCAUAAACAAAACUAAUUCAAGAGUUUCAGUCAACCAGUCUAAUAAUAUUAAAAUUGACAUGAUUCAGACAAAAUUAUCUGCAGAUACUCUUAAAGUGAAUCUAAUUGUUAGUAACCUCACUUCUUCAGAUGUUUCGAAUGUAACAUUAUCCCUGGCGGUUCCAAAAUCUGUAUCUUUGAAAUUAGAAACACAAUCUGCAGAUCAUAUGUCUGGGAACACCAUCGACGGGGUAACACAAGUUGCCAUACUCGAAAACAUUUCAAAAAGUUCAAGCAAACCUUUAAAAAUUAAAUGGAAACUUAAUUACAUAAUCGAUAGUAUUACUCCAAUUGAAGAAACAGCUGUGUUUUCAUUUCCCAAAAUUUAA